GAUUCGGGAAAGGCUGUAGAAAUUGAACGUAAGUCAAUUAGGUCACGCCUUCGCCGUCCUAGGAAAAAACAUACGGCUCCCCGUUUGUCAACAGGUUCCUCCUGAAGGCAGCGGUAAAGCGAACGCGGAAGGAAGCGGCAGCUCCUCAUCUCGCUGCUGUGAUGCUAAACUAGAGGAGUGUGUUUGUCCCACCUGGAAUGGAUUUAGAGGAGGCUUUUCAGGUGGUCGGUGAAUUUGGACCGUAUCAGAGGCGGGCGGUGGCUGGACUCGUGCUGUUACAGGUGUACAUGGCCUGCCAGUCCAUGCUGAUAGUUCUGGUUGGAGCUGAACCGCAGCAGCAGCAGCAGCAGCAGAGUGGCGGCGGCGGCGGCGGCGGCGGCGGCGGCGGCGGCGUCUCCGUCCAGCCGGAGGUGCAGCAGCUCGGCAGCUUCAGCCAGGACGUCGACUCCAUCGUCACCGAGUGGCUCCUCAUCAAGCAGCAGGCCUACAAGGUCAGCCUGGCCGGGUCGCUGUUCUUCACCGGGGUUCUGGUCGGGAACGUCGUCUUCGGGCCGCUGUCCGACAAGAUCGGCAGGAGGCCCGUCUUCCUCACAGGUCUGUUUUUCGAGGUGCUGUUCGGUUAUGCCACAGCCUUCGCUCCCAGCUACGAGGUGUUCGCUGUGUCCCGCCUGCUGGUCGGCCUGAUGAACGGGGGCAUCGGCCUCGUCUGCUUCGUCCUCACGCAGGAGUACGUCGGCAAAUCCUACUGGGCCAUGACCGGGACGUUGGCCAACAUGACGUUUGCAGUCGGCAUCGCUCUGUUCGGAGCUCUGGGUUAUUUCAUCCGGCCGUGGAGGAACUUGGCCACAGCGGCCAACUCUCCGGGCGUUCUCUUCUUCCUGCUGUGUGUCACUCUCCCUGAGUCUCCUCGGUGGCUGUAUUCUCGGGGUCACAUGGAUCAGGCUGAAGAGGUGCUGCGCUACAUGGCGCUGAGAAACGGCAACUCCGCCACCAAACUGACGCUGCGGCGGGUCGGCACUGGUAACCAUGACGACAGAGACGCCGGCGUCCUGAAGCUGGUGACCCACCCGGUCCUCCGCCUGAGGACCAUGGUGCUGAUGUACGUCUGGUAUGCGUGCAGUCUGGUGUAUUACGGUCUGACUCUGGGCGCCAGCGAGACGUCCGGCAGUCGCUACGUUAACGUGGCCAUGUACGGCCUGGUGGAGCUCCCCGCCUACCCGCUCUGCAUCUACUUCAUUAACAAACACUGGGCCGGCAGGAGGAAGAGCAUGGCCAGCUUCCUGUGCCUGGCCGGCUCGGCGUGUCUCUGCACCACGCUGAUCCCCGAAAACACAGGAGCCCUGCUGAGCGUCACGUCCUUGGCUCUGCUGGGGAAGCUGAUGGUCAGCGCGGCGUUCAACAUCGUCUACGUUUACACCUCCGAGCUCUACCCCACUGUGAUCAGGAACGCCGGGUUGGGAGUGUGUUCCAUGUCUUGCAGAGUUGGAGGAAUCCUCGCCCCCUUUGUUCCCUCCAUGCGCGCCCUGCACAGCUCCAUGCCCUUCACCGUGUUCUGCCUGAGCGGUCUGACGGCCGGCUGCGUCGGCCUCCUGCUGCCCGAGACGCUGAACAAACCUGCAGCCGAGACUCUGGAGGAGCUGAGCGGGCCGUCCUGCAGCCGCGUGCUGGAGAGCAAGGCUCUUCUGUACCAAGACGACCAGUGGAAGAAAGACCCCAAAUGAAGCCGACGGCCUCGACAGCACAGCAGCUGAACUGAGCCUGGAACUUCUGCCACAAGACGGCGAACUGUCCCUUUAAUUAACCGUGAGGACCAAACUCUGAGAGGGACGCUGGUGAAGCUGCUCAGCUGUCUCAAACUUUAUCCACCGACGGGACGGCUCUUUUUUCUGUGAGAAAAAAGAGAAAGGUGCGUUUGAGCCGCCGGGCGAUGGACCUCGCCGCGGGCGGGACGCCGGCGAGGGAGCACCGCCUCUCAGCCGUGAAUUUUUUUUUUUUUUUUUUGGUUCCAGAUUGAACAGUCCUGCGGUCCAGUUCUUCAUUUCAUUUCCUGAAUGUUUUCUUGGCGUUUCUGCUUCAAACAGCAGAGAGAAAACAUGACUGACGCUGCAUUCAAGAGACGCUGAAAAGCUGGGAAUUCUGUCUUCCCACCUGGAGAAAGUGCUACAGUUUCAUCCUAAACCUGUUCAUGAUUACUGUGAUCAUGUUUGUAAUCCUCAGUACAUCAGAUCGGGUAGAUUUUUGUUUUCUGUGCGUCGCAUGAACUCAGAGCCACAUCAGCUUUUUGGGAAACCGGUUCAUCGGCCGAGCUGUCCCGUAUUUUCUACAUAACAAGCAGCAUCAACAAAACCCCCUCUGGUGCCUCCGCUGACCCUCUGUCCCGCUCUCCAUAGGCGACUAGCACUGUCUAAUAUAAUAAACCUUUUAUCACGUUUCACAUUUCAUAUUUUCUUGUUACAUGAGGGAAAAAUACUGGAAUGCUUUAACACGACACUUAAACACAAGAGAGAUAAGAGAUAUGUGUAAAAGAUGUUGAGCAGAGAAAACAUCAGACGUCUUUUUUCUCCCUGGUUUGUCUUUAACUGGCAGGUGGCAGAUUUCCAGCACUUGGCUUUGACUUAAACGCAGCAUGUUUGCCUGUAAUAUGUCUCAUAACUUUUUUUAAAAUCCUGGUCGGUAACUCGUGCUUUCUCCUACAGAAUGUCCCCUCUUACCAACCCAGGCUGAUAUGGUCACUUCCUGCCUUCUGCCAGCAGGUGGCGCCACAUCUCUUUUUUUUCCUGUUCAAUCAUUUGAAAGCUGCAGGCACCAAGUUCAGUGAGAGUCCACAGAUCACCUGACCUGCUCAUUUUAGUGCCCUUUAACCUUUUAUUUCCAUGAGGAACAUCAGUCCAGGUCCAGACAGGUGAAACCAGGUGAGUCUGCCUGUUUACCUGCAGAAGGUGGAGGAUCAUAUCAGGCAGUUUUUGAAAAAAAUAUAGAGCAGAAUGGGAAGUCAUGGAAUGGUGUCUUUUUUUUUUUUUUUUUUUGGAUGAAAGGUUUUUCUUUUUAUUCACUUCCCUGUUUCUGGUCUGAGGGAUUCAAACCUGCAACCUUCUGGUCCCAAACCAGCUUCUCAAGUCAUCAACAAGUCUGCCACAUGCAGGGGG